AUGGAGGACAGCUAUAGCCCCAAGGAGACGCCACACCAGGCUGGGGGCACAGGGGUGUGGGAGCUGCUGGUCCAGAGGCCAAGAGGCAGAGUCCUGGGCAGGAAGCUGCAGAGGGGCCUGCAUGCAGCCCUGAAGGAACAGCAUGGAGAGGACGGAGGCGGACCCGGCAACCUGAAACUGGCGAACAGAUACAGUGAGUGUGACGGAUUGGUGCUGGUCCAACACGAGGGUGUGUGGGGACACGUGUGCAACCAGGAGUGGACGCUGGCGGAGGCAUCGGUGGUCUGCAGGCAGCUGGGCUGCGGCCAGGCUGUGGGGGCCCCCAAGUAUGUCCCGCUGCCCCAUGAGAGGCGGCAGCCCGUGCUCCACAACGUGUCCUGCAGGGGGGACGAGUCCUCCCUGUGGGAGUGCAGCCUCGGGGCGUGGACGCAGACCCAGUGCCCCCACGAGUGGAUGGUGGUAGCGCUGUGCACCAACGGUACUUUCCGGGAGAUCCGGCUGGUGAAGGGCCGAAGCCCCUGCUCCGGGCUCCCCGAGAUCAGGAACCUGAACGGCAUUGACCGCCUCUGUGGCCUGCAUGAGACGGAGGCCACAGUGUUCUGCCAGGAGCUGGGGUGCGGCCCCGCGCUGCAGGCUUCCCGCCAAGAUGCAGGCACUGGCGGGAAGUACAUGACUUGCCAGGGCACGGAGCCCACCAUCCGAAACUGCAGACUCAACAACAACCUCCGCAGCGGCUGCGACUUCCAGCAAGACGCAGAGGUGGUCUGUUCAGGACACAUUGAGGCCCGGCUGGUGGGCGGCGAGCACCCCUGUGCUGGGCGCCUGGAGGUGAGGCGUGGCCUGACCUGGGGCACCGUCUGUGACCAGGACCUGGACCAGGCCACAGCCCACGUGGUGUGUCGGGAGCUGCAGUGUGGCAUGGCCGCGUCCACACCCCCGGGCGCGCACUUCGGCCAGGGCUCUGGGUCCGUGUGGACGGAGGCCUUCCGCUGUGCAGGCAACGAGUCCCUGCUGUUCCAUUGCCCUCGGGCGCCUGGGCACCAGUGUGGGCACAGCCAGGACGCCGGGCUCAGGUGCUCAGGUGAGGCCGGGAGGGUGGGCUCUGAGGCUCCCCUGCCUACUUUCCCACCAGCCUUCCUCUGGGAUUCCUCCUGGGUGUUCCAACCCAGCGCACAGAGAUGCCUCCAGCCAGGAGGGUGUCCUGUUCCAGUUAGAGGAAAGUUCCGGCUGGUCAACGGCAGCAGCAGCUGUGAGGGGCACGUGGAGCUCCAGGUUCAAGGGGCCUGGGCACCCCUCUGUGCUGCCCACUGGGACUUGGCAGACGCCACCGUCCUCUGCCACCAGCUCAACUGUGGCAGUGCCCUGGCCGCGCCCCAAGGAGGUCACUUUGGGCACGGAAGCGCUCCCCUCUGGCCCGACAGGUUUCACUGUGCGGGGACAGAGCCCUAUUUGUGGAAUUGCCCGGUGAGCACCCUGGGCGCCCCCGCCUGUGCCCCGGGAAACUCGGCCUCCGUGGUCUGCUCAGGUCUCCGCCACGCCCUGCGGCUGCGGGAUGGGCAGAGCCGCUGUGACGGCCGCGUGGAGGUGUCCCUGGACGGCGUGUGGGGCCGCGUCCUGGACGACGCGUGGGACGUGCGCGGCGCGGGCGUGGUGUGCCGGCAGCUGGGGUGCGGAGAGGCGGAGCGGGCCUACGAUGCGGCCGCCCCGGGGCGCGGGGCCGGCGUGGGGCUGAGCGGCGUGCGCUGUCUGGGCAGCGAGGCCCGCCUGGCCCAGUGCAACGUGUCCGCGUCGCGGCUGGUGCCGGCGGGGACCUGGCGGGACGCGGGCGUGGUGUGCGCUGGGAGCCGCCGCGUGCGCCUGGCCGCGGGGCCGGGCCGCUGUGCGGGGCGCGUGGAGGUGCUGCACGGGGGCGCGUGGGGCACCGUGUGCGAUGACGGCUGGGACCUGCGGGACGCGCACGUGGUGUGCAGGCAGCUGGGCUGCGGCCACGCGCUGGGCGCCCCGGGGGCGGCGCACUUCGGGUCCGGGUCCGGGCGCAUCUGGAUGGACGAGCUGGGCUGCGAGGGCAACGAGUCUGCGCUGUGGCGGUGCCCGUCCGGUGGCUGGGGCCAGCACGACUGCGGGCACAAGGAGGACGCCGGCGUCUUCUGCUCAGAGUCUGUGGCCCUGAGGCUGCAAGGGGGCACCCAGCACUGUGCUGGGUGGCUGGAGGUGUUCUACAACGGCACGUGGGGCGCCGUAUGCGGUAACUCCCUGAAGGAGAACUCCUUGUCCAUCAUUUGCAAGCAGCUGGGCUGUGGGGAGCAGGGCUGGCUGGAGAACAGGCCCGUCCUCACUGGCCUGGGCAUCUCCUGGGUGGACAACAUUGAGUGCCGCAGGCUGCAAAACUCUACGCUGUGGCAGUGCCCCUCAGCCCAGUGGCAUCCGCACUCCUGUGCCCACGGAGAAGAGAUCUGGAUCACCUGUACAGGAUUAUCAGCAAAAACGACGCAGGACCCCGGGGAGACCCUCAACUGCUCAGCCACCCGCAGCUGCCCAGAGGAAGGCUCGGUGCGCGUGAGCGGGGGCGAGGACAGCUGCUCCGGCCGCGUGGAGCUCUGGCACGAGGGCUCCUGGGGCACCGUGUGCGACGAUUCCUGGGACCUGGCGGACGCGGAGGUCGUGUGCCGCCAGCUGGGCUGUGGCAGGGCCAUCAGCGCCCUGGCCGGGGCCGCCUUUGGUCCAGGCUCAGGGCCUGUGUGGCUGGACGAGGUGGGGUGCCGGGGCAGCGAGGCGUCCCUGUGGGGCUGCCCAGCGGAGCCGUGGGGACGUGCGGACUGCGGGCACAAGGAGGAUGCGGGCGUGCGCUGCUCCCGUGACAGAGGGACCACGGUCCGCCCACCAGCAUCAGGCCCUGCCUUGGCCCCACUGCCUUCCCUCAAGGCUGGGACCCUGCCCAUGAUCUUCUGCUUCGUUCUGGGAACCCUCCUGGGCUGCGUCUCCCUGAUCCUGGGGGUGCAGUGGUACCGCAGAGGAGCCUGCAGAGGUUUUGGAAUGUUGGGGACUCGGCCCUCGGAAGUUGUUUAUGAGGACAUUGGAGCUGUCCCCAUGGGGGAGAAGGUCGAAGGGUCCAGUGUGCCCCAGGACCUGCUGCCGGAAGAGGACUAUGACGAUGCCUGGGAGCCCGAGCCAGGCCCUGAGGAGCCGGAGGAGGAGCCGGAGGAGCCGGAGGAGGGGACGGCCCUGAGCUCCGUGGGUGGACUCCGCACCCUCCGGGCCCCAGAGUGCAGGCUGGGACGGAAAACCAGCCUCCGGGCCCCAGAGUGCAGGCUGGGACGGAAAACCGCGGUGGCCCCGGCUGCAGGAUGCGAUGCGCAGGAGCUGGCCAUCGGGGACACCAGCAAGACUCCUGGGAGCUUUCAUAUCUCCCCCUGUGCCCACCCCCUGGGCUGUGAGAGAGGCACAGCUUGUGCUUUCCAGGACCACUAUGCUGCAGACGAUGAAAGUCAGUCCCUUCUGGACAGGAAGCCUGGUGAAGGAGAUGGGGUCAUGUCCACAGAGGUUGGACGGGGCCUCUGGGGUGAAGUGGACGGCUCAGCGCUGAGCUGGAGUCCACCGCCUGCGCCGGUGCGGAGCACACCUCCCGGGCCUGAGGGGGCUCAGCAACAGAGGUGCCCAGGGAUGGCAUCGUCCCCUCUGCGGCUGUGGCCCCUCCUCCUGGCCUGCUGGACCCUCCCUGCGGGCCCCGCGGCGGAGUCCGUGGCCCUGCUGAGAGGCGGGAACCGCUGCGAGGGCCUGGUGCGGGUCCAGCUCGGCGGCCGGCGGGGCCCGGUGUGUGGGGACCACUGGGGCCCGCAGGAGGCAGCGGUCGUCUGCCGGCAGCUGGACUGCGGCGGGGCCCACGUGGCGCCCACCUACGUGAUGUGGCCCCAGGAGAGGCAGCCCUCCUUGCUGCAGGGCGUGAGGUGCCAGGGCUCGGAGGCCUCGCUCUGGGACUGCGCCCCGGGGUCGUGGGAGAAGCCGGAGGGCUGCGCGUGUGAGUGCAUCGGCGCGGUCCACUGCACAGGUGGGGAGCUGGCGAAAGUGGGGCUCAGCGGCGGAGGCAGCCCCUGCGCAGGGACCUUUGAGAUCAGACUGCCUGGAAGCCCUAGUAUGACGUGCGGUUUGCACGUGGAGGAGGCGAGUGUCUUCUGCAGGAGUCUGGGGUGUGGCCCCGUGCUCCAGGCGUCCAGACCCCACCGCACCGGGGGCUCUGGGGGCUGGGGACCUAAGAUCGUGACCUGCCGGGGAACAGAGUCCAGCAUCUUCAACUGCAGGUUCAAUAUGAACUUUCAGGACCAGUGCAACCUGCCGACAGAUGCGCAGGUCGUGUGUUCAGGACACACUGAGGCCCGGCUGAUGGGCGGCGAGCACCCCUGUGCUGGGCGCCUGGAGGUGAGGCGUGGCCUGACCUGGGGCACCGUCUGCGAAGAGGACCUGGACCAGGCCACGGCCCACGUGGUGUGUCGGGAGCUGCAGUGUGGCUCAGCUCUGUCCACACCCCGGGCCGCGCACUUUGGCCAGGGCUCUGGGUCCGUGUGGACGGAGGCCUUCCGCUGUGCAGGCAACGAGUCCCUGCUGUUCCACUGCCCUCAGGCGCCUGGGCACCAGUGUGGGCAUGGCCAGGACGCCGGGCUCAGGUGCUCGGGGGAAAGGUUCCGGCUGGUCAACGGCAGCAGCAGCUGUGAGGGGCGCAUGGAGCUCCAGGUUCAGGGGGCCUGGGCACCCCUCUGUGCCGCCCACUGGGACCUGGCAGACGCCACCGUCCUCUGCCACCAGCUCAACUGUGGCAGUGCCCUGGCCGCGCCCCAAGGAGGUCACUUUGGGCACGGAAGCACUCCCCCCUGGCCCGACAGGUUUCACUGUGCGGGGACAGAGCCCUAUUUGUGGAAUUGCCCGGUGAGCACCCUGGGCGCCCCCGCCUGUGCCCCGGGAAACUCGGCCUCCGUGGUCUGCUCAGGUCUCCGCCACGCCCUGCGGCUGCGGGAUGGGCAGAGCCGCUGUGACGGCCGCGUGGAGGUGUCCCUGGACGGCGUGUGGGGCCGCGUCCUGGACGACGCGUGGGACGUGCGCGGCGCGGGCGUGGUGUGCCGGCAGCUGGGGUGCGGAGAGGCGGAGCGGGCCUACGAUGCGGCCGCCCCGGGGCGCGGGGCCGGCGUGGGGCUGAGCCGCGUGCGCUGUCUGGGCGGCGAGGCCCGCCUGGCCCAGUGCAACGUGUCCGCGUCGCGGCUGGUGCCGGCGGGGACCUGGCGGGACGCGGGCGUGGUGUGCGCUGGGAGCCGCCGCGUGCGCCUGGCCGCGGGGCCGGGCCGCUGUGCGGGGCGCGUGGAGGUGCUGCACGGGGGCGCGUGGGGCACCGUGUGCGAUGACGGCUGGGACCUGCGGGACGCGCACGUGGUGUGCAGGCAGCUGGGCUGCGGCCACGCGCUGGGCGCCCCGGGGGCGGCGCACUUCGGGUCCGGGUCCGGGCGCAUCUGGAUGGACGAGCUGGGCUGCGAGGGCAACGAGUCUGCGCUGUGGCGGUGCCCGUCCGGUGGCUGGGGCCAGCACGACUGCGGGCACAAGGAGGACGCCGGCGUCUUCUGCUCAGGGCUCACAGACCUGAGGCUGCGGGACGGCAGCGGGCCCUGCGCCGGGCGCCUGGAGGUGUUCUACAAUGGCACCUGGGGAGGCGUGUGCCGGACGCUGAGCCCUGCCUCCCUGGGCGUCCUGUGUGGCCAGCUGGGCUGUGGGCCGCAGGGACAGCUCCAGGCGGCGGUGGGGACCCGGAAGGCCCCCGGGACGCUCUGGGUGGCCUCCAUUCAGUGCCGGCACAGGCACGACCUGUCCCUGUGGCAGUGCCCGUCAGCCCCCUGGGACCAGCAUUCGUGCUCCAGCCAGGAGGAGGCCUGGGUGGUGUGUGCAGAGAACAAGGAAAAGUAUUUCACAGAAUUUGAAACUGCCAACCUUGCAAAUAUCCGAUGGGUACUACUUUCCUACACAGAAAAGGCAGGAGGAACUCCUCCGGACCCCGGGGAGACCCUCAACUGCUCAGCCACCCGCAGCUGCCCAGAGGAAGGCUCGGUGCGCGUGAGCGGGGGCGAGGACAGCUGCUCCGGCCGCGUGGAGCUCUGGCACGAGGGCUCCUGGGGCACCGUGUGCGACGAUUCCUGGGACCUGGCGGACGCGGAGGUCGUGUGCCGCCAGCUGGGCUGUGGCAGGGCCAUCAGCGCCUUGGCCGGGGCCGCCUUUGGUCCGGGCUCAGGGCCUGUGUGGCUGGACGAGGUGGGGUGCCGGGACAGCGAGGCGUCCCUGUGGGGCUGCCCAGCGGAGCCGUGGGGACGUGCGGACUGCGGGCACAAGGAGGACGCGGGCGUGCGCUGCUCCCAGCCUGGCCCUGCUCCCCUGCGGAACCCAGAGCCCUGCCCGAUGCUCAGGGCGGUCAGCACCGUCCUGGGAGCGCUUCUUGGUCUUCUCUUUCUGGGCCUCCUGGGCCUCCUGAUCCUGCUACGAAUCACACAAGCCAAGCAGAGAGGCCUGGGAAGUUCGGAGGUGUCUCCUGGAGAGCCCACCUAUGAAGUCAUCGGGGAACUGCCUCUCGCAGGGCUGUACGAGGAAAUCGAGGAGGAGCCCCAGGAAGGGGCAGCGAGCCUCACGGACGGACAGUCUGGACCGGAGGAGGGUUACGACGAGGCUGCGUUUCCUCUGGAGGAGAUGACGCUGUGA